AUGGCCGAAGAAGAAAAGAAGAGAUUUCUCGAAGGGAACGAGAUGGAACUCGGCGAGAAGCAGGGAAAAGGCUUCAGCAGCCCUCCGCCGCCCUCGAUCCCGCGACACACACAUGCCUCCCACAAUUGGCAGAACAACCCCGUCCUGCCCGUUAUCAGCUACUGCGCUUCCUCCAUUUUGAUGACCGUGGCCAACAAGUACAUCCUCUCAUUCCCUGACUAUAACCUUAACUUCUUAUUGCUGGCUGUUCAGUCCAUUGUCUGCGUUCUGGCCAUUUCAUCAUGCAAAUCAAUGGGCCUGAUCACCUAUCGAGAUUUCAAGACGGAUGAGGCAAAGAAGUGGUUCCCGAUUUCUCUUCUCCUGAUUGGCAUGAUCUAUACCAGCACCAAAGCCCUACGAUACCUCUCGAUACCCGUCUACACCAUUUUCAAGAACCUGACCAUCAUUCUCAUCGCAUAUGGCGAGGUCCUAUGGUUCGGAGGUUCUGUUUCGACCGUGGCCCUCUUCUCAUUCGGCUUAAUGGUACUCAGCUCAGUGAUCGCUGCCUGGGCUGACAUCAAGCACGCUCUCGAGGCGCAUAACACCACCCAGUCUGCCGCAGCUACUGAGCAGCUAGCCACAUUGAACGCCGGCUACAUCUGGAUGUUGGUCAAUUGUCUGUCCACAGCCGCGUACGUGUUGGGAAUGCGCAAGCGCAUCAAGCUCACCAACUUCAAGGAUUUUGACACGAUGUUCUACAACAACCUUCUCACCAUCCCUGUCCUUAUGCUUGCCUCUCUGCUGGCCGAGGAUUGGUCCUCCGCAAACCUGGUCAAAAACUUCCCUCCAAGCACCAGGAACGGAAUCAUUGGCGCAAUGAUCUUCACCGGCUUGUCCUCCAUCUUUAUCUCCUACACAUCGGCAUGGUGCGUGCGAGCAACCUCUUCGACAACCUACUCCAUGGUUGGAGCUCUGAACAAACUUCCGAUCGCCGUAUCUGGCCUCAUCUUCUUCGACGCCCCGGUCACGCUUCCCAGUGUUACUGCUAUCUUCGUCGGGUUCGUCAGCGGUAUUGUAUAUGCCCUGGCUAAGGUCAGGGAAUCCUCGAAGCCAAAGACGGGCAUUCUCCCCACACCCAAUACCAUGAGUGCCAGCAGCCAGAGCAACAGAGACAGUUUGAAGGCAUGA